AUGACUAUAUGUCAAUUUUUGCCAAGAUCAGAAGUUUCGAAUCAUAAGGAAGAAUAUGAGGCUUCACCGUCAUUAUUACCUGAACAACAUCAGCCAGCUGCCGAUGACAAGGCAACAAUAAAUCCAGAUUUGUGGAAACUCAUCACGACUAGUGGAAAUCCAUCUCCAAAGGAAGAUAUGCAAUUGUUGAUGAAAACGCCUGCACAACUUUUGACUAAUGUAAAAAUUCAUGAAGCGUCAUGUGAAGAAGGUGGUUUUGAGUAUGAAAAGCCAAAUCCGACAGUAGUAAAACAAUCAAAAACUUCAGUUGUUGGUUCGAAAAAUGAAAUCAAUGAAGAUGACUUGACCAAAAAUCUUCCGAUACUUGCUGUCUCAUCUACGAUCCACUUCUACGAUAUCAGCAUCUGUAGAAAAAGAAAAAAAAAUCAUAUAGAUACCAAAUCGUCCAUCACGUUUGCUAGUAAUGAAGUAGACAAAGUUAAAGCAACAGCUGUAACCAUUCCAAAAACAAGGUCGAAUAUUCCACGUAAGCGUAUCUUUAUUUUAGAAAACAUUAUUGAUACGUUAAUUAUUAUUGAUACGUAA